CCGUCGCGGGGCUCCGCCUCGCCGCGGGCGCCGAUCGUCGCCGGCGCGCUCGUGUGCGGCAAGCCAUGCAACCGCCCAGCCAGCGAGAUCGGUCGCCGAGCCCGGCUUCGCUGCCGCCACCUUUUUCGGUGGCCUCGCUGCUCGGAGGACCCCCGUCACGGUUCAGCGUGGACGCCCUCUUGCGGGGCCCACCGGGGCCCAGGCCGAAGAUGAUGCCCUGCCUGGCUGUGGGCACACCGCACCAACUAACGCAAAGCCCACGUGGACCAAGCGCUCUCAAGUGCCCGCUGAGGAAGCACAAGUCGAACCGGAAGCCUCGGACGCCGUUCACGACGCAGCAGCUGUUGUCGCUGGAACGGAAGUUCCGUGCCAAGCAGUACCUGUCCAUCGCCGAGAGGGCAGAGUUCUCGUCGUCCCUCAGCCUGACGGAGACGCAAGUGAAAAUCUGGUUCCAGAACCGGCGUGCCAAGGAGAAACGGCUCAAAGAGGCCGAGAUCGAACGGCUUCGUAUGGCCGUGCUCUCCACGGCCAAGCCUCCUCUGCUGCCUUUCUUCCCGGCGCCUUUCGGUCCUCUCUGUCCGCUAUUCCUGCCACCUCGACCGCCGUCCUAUGUUGUGGAAUAAACUAUAUUCGUGUUCCCCUA